CCCGCCCCCGACCCGGAGCUCUCGCAGCUCGAGACCCGGGCCGAAUCAUCCCCUUUGACUGUGGCCCUGAAAAGACUGGGUUGUAGUAAGGAAAUCGUGAAGUUGGGUAACAGUCUCAGAAUACCUCUCAUUUGCUGCCGGCUGCAAAGUUCCUUAUAUAAAAAAACAUCCGCUCUGCGAUUAUAACUGUGAUGUCCGGGCUUGAAGAACUAGCCCUACCACCUUCGAGAGGUCCAGCCCAUGCUGCUCUCUCCCCUAUGAAGGGAGACCUUUAAUGGCACUAUAAUCUUCCUAUUUUUUACCUGAAGGGAAAACUUAAAAUCAAGUUCAGAUAGCCCCUGACCAUCACUAUUCUUGUGAAGGUAGUUUGUAGCCGCCAUGUGUAAAUACCCAAAGAAUGGUAAUACAGGGACCUUCUGAAAACUUUUUGUGAAAGUAAUAUGUGGACAAGAUCUAAAAAUCAAAUGAUACAGAAAAGUUCAUAAUGAAAAUUCCUGCCUUAUCGUUUUGCAUUCCCGGUCUUUUCCCCCCGGAGACAACAUUUAACCAAGAAUAAUAAUCUCAUGACCCCCAUCUCUUCUUGAUACAAAGAUUUGAUUUUUUAAAUUUCUUCUGUCUUAACCGUUCAUUACAAGUUUUUACUAAAAGUCAUGGUUAUUGUGUAAUGUAUAAAUAUUAUGAAACUAGCUUGGACAUUUUUUUUCAUGAAUUUCUAGCUGAAUUUAAUUUAGACAUCUGUUUUUGGUGAAGUGAUUAGAAUUGUGAACACUGUCUUAUGGGUCAACUUCAAGCGUGAUUAUGAUUUCACUUUAGGGCAUGUGGGAUUUAGAAAGGAGCAGUGAAAAUUAUGAAAUUGCGAAUGCUGCUUUGGAUAUUAAAUCCAUUGCACUAAACAUGAGCUGUGUGAUCUGUGUAGAGAUCAAAGCUAUAAUUUGUUUUGUUUUUUACAGUGUGGUUUAAUAAGAGAUUUAAUUUACCUCAAAUGGCAUUUCUCCCUUAUGCUUGAGAGCAAUGGAUAAUGCUCCGUAGCUCUGAGGGUUUGAUUGUGUGUGUGUGUUUUCCUCCCAUAGGCAAUUAUUUCCGGUCAGAGAAGGAAGCCAGUGCCUGGCCUUCUUAACCAGCUUUCUACCUGCCAUGAUCAAGUGCUUGUCAGUUGAAGUACAAGCCAGAUUGCGUUCUGGUUUGGCUAUAUGCUCCUUAGGCCAGUGUGUUGAGGAACUUGCCCUCAAUAGCAUUGAUGCUGAAGCAAAAUGUGUGGCUGUCAGGGUGAAUAUGGAGACUUUCCAAGUUCAAGUGAUAGACAAUGGAUUUGGGAUGGGGAGGGAUGAUAUAGACAAGGUGGGAAAUCGUUAUUUCACUAGUAAAUGCAACUCGCUACAGGACUUGGAGAAUCCCAGGUUUUAUGGUUUCCGAGGGGAGGCCUUGGCAAGUAUAGCUGACAUGGCCAGUGCUGUGGAAAUUUCAUCCAAGAAAAACAAGACAAUGAAAACUUUUGUGAAACUGUUUCAGAAUGGAAAAGCCCUGAAAGCUUGUGAAGCUGACCUGACUAGACCAAGUGCCGGGACAACAGUAACAGUAUAUAACCUAUUUUACCAGUUACCUGUAAGGAGGAAAUGCAUGGAUCCUAGACUGGAGUUUGAGAAGGUCAGGCAGAGGAUAGAAGCUCUUUCGCUCAUGCACCCUUCCAUUUCUUUCUCUUUGAGGAAUGAUGUUUCUGGUUCCAUGGUUCUUCAACUUUCUAAAACCAAAGACACAUGUUCCCGAUUUUGUCAAAUUUAUGGACUGGGUAAGUCCCAAAAAUUAAGAGAAAUAAAAUUUGAAUACAAGGAGUUUGAGCUCAGCGGCUAUAUCAGCUCUGAAGCACAUUACAAUAAGAAUAUGCAAUUUUUGUUUGUGAACAAAAGACUGGUUUUAAGGACAAAGUUGCAUAAAUUCAUUGACUUUUUAUUGAGGAAAGAAAGUAUUAUAUGCAAGCCAAAGAAUGGUUCUGCCACUAGACAAAUGAAUUCAAGUCCUCGGCAUCGGUCUAACCCAGAACUCCAUGGGAUAUAUGUAAUCAAUGUGCAGUGUCAGUUCUGUGAAUAUGAUGUGUGCCUGGAGCCAGCAAAAACGCUGAUUGAAUUUCAGAACUGGGAUACUAUUUUGGUUUGCAUUCAGGAAGGAGUGAAAAUGUUUUUAAAGAAAGAAAAACUAUUUGUGGAAUUAUCAGGUGAGGACAUUAAAGAAUUUAGUGAAGAUAACGAUUUUAGUUUAUUUAGUGCUACUCUUCAGAAGCACGUGUCUUCUGAUGAGAAGGGUGACCAGGUCAGUUUUCAAGAAGCAUGUAAUAGUAUUUUGGAUUCCUAUGAAAUGUUUAAUUUUCAAUCAAAAGCUGUGAAAAGAAAAGCUACUGUAGAAAACAGAAGAAACACACAGAAUUCUAGAGAUUCAGAAGCUACCAGAAAAAACACAAAUGAUUCAUUCUUGUACAUUUGUGAAUCAGAUGGCCCAGGCCAUGGUAAAGUGACAGAGUCAUCUUUACAAAACAAAGAUAGCUCUUGCUCAGAAUCAGGGAUCUUACAACAACAGACAGCUGAAGCAUCAGAAUGGGGAGAAAAUGGGAAACAUAAAAAACUUUGCUUAGAACGUAACUCUUCAGAAAGUCCAUGUGGAACCAGUUCAGAAAUGUUUGUAAACCCUUUUCAGACAUCAUACUGCUUUGAGAAGAAUAGAGAAGAUCUAGAAAUACAGAAAGCAAGUGCUAUUGUUAAUGGCAUGGCUGCCAGUAUCCUGAAAAAUAAUGGAGUUCAGAAUCAAUUAGAGAGAUUUAAAGACGCUACCAAAAUGGGAUCCCAACCUCUGCCUUUUGAGACAACGUUAUUGAGAGUACGUGGUGCUCAGAGAGAGGAAGAGAAAGAAAAACAACCUAGUAAUUGUGGAAGAGUAAACAUUUUUAGUUAUGGACAAGUUAAAUUAUGCUCCACUGGCUUUAUAACUCAUGUGGUACAAAAUGAGCAAACUAAAUCAACUGAAAGAGAACAUUUACUUAAAAACUGUAUUCAACCUGGUCCCGUGAGUGCCCGAGAAACAUUUGUAAACAGAGCAUGCCAUUCAGUUGAGACUCCAAACAUCGAAGAUCCAACCAGCACUUUAAGUAAAGACUUUGCUCAACUGUCCGACAAGAAAUUGUGCAGAACAAAUACAAGUUAUGGGCUAGAGAACAAACCUAUAGCAACUUGUGAAAACAUUGCUGUUUCUCAGGAAGGUACUAAAGAAUCACACAUGGAUUGCUUAUUACUUGACACAGCCUCUUCUUCCCCUUGGUGUAGAUACGUUUCAAAUGGUAGUAAGAAAAUAGAUAAAUUGAUUGGUUUCUCCAAACCGAUAGCCCAUAAGAAGCUAAGCUUAAGGUCACAACUGGGAUCUUUAGAGAAGUUUAAGAGGCAAUAUGGGAAGGUUAAAAGUCCUCUGAAUACAGAGGUGGAAGAAAAUAAUAAUUCUGAAAUCUCUACCAAUCUCGGUCCUCAAGUUGAAUCUGACAUUCCAUGGAAAGAGAAGAAUCACUUAGACAACUCAGGCAUUUGUAAAAUCACUACUAUGAAACAUAAUGAUUCAAAUAACAGUUGUCUGCCAGUAAGUCACAUCUUUUACUCAAAGAAGUUUCCAUUCUCUAGUGAAGAAGAUUGUUUGGAACAACAGACUCCUUGCUUAAGAGAAAGUCCUGUAACUCUAAAGGAAUUAUCUGAUUUUAACAGAAAACCUUUGGAUGCCACGCAGUCUCCUAAAUCUUUAGCCUCUAAAUUAUCCAGAAUGAAAGGUUCCGAAAGAGAGACUCAAGCAUUGGAAAUGAUGAGUCAUUUUAAUGAACUUCCACAAUCAGAUUCUAGUAGGAAAGACCAUGACUUGUGCAGUGGGUUAAUCCUGGAUUCUUGCAAGUUAUUUAAAAAUGAGUAUAAAAAAAUAGACAGUGGCAUCAUUCCAGUGUUGGACUCUGUCACACAGGAUAAUCCCUUCAAUAAAGAUAGUAAAACAUACUCUAACAACAACACAACAGGGAACUCCGUGAUACCAGAAACUCCUUUGGUAUUACCCUGUAGUCAUUCUAAAGUCAUCAGUGAAGAUACGGAUGUUCUUAUAGCUUCAGACCCACAGACAGGAAGUCCUGACUCUCCCAGUAAAAUGUUAAUGAGUCACAUAGAAGAUGGCACAGCUGACAGAAAACGAACUCGUUUUCAGAGUGAAGAAUCUAUAGCAAGAACUUGUUUUGAAAAUGAAGAGUCAAACACAUGUUCUUUGGAUUGGCAGCAGCAUUUUGAUGUAGCCCUGGGAAGAAUGGUUUACAUCAACAAAAUAACUGGACUGAGUACAUUCAUUGCUCCUACUGAGGAUAUUCAGACUGCUUGUACUAAAGACCUGACAACUGUAGCUGUGGAUGUCAUACUUGAGAAUGAUGCUGUGGAUGAUACUGUUGGUAGAGAAUCACUUCAGUCUUUGUUCUCAGAGUGGGAAAAUCCAGUAUUUGCCCGUUAUCCAGAGGUUGCUGUUGAUGUAAGCAGUGGCCAGGCCAAAAGCCUCGCGGUUAAAAUUCACAAUGUCUUACAUCCUUAUCGUUUCACCAAAGAAAUGAUUCAUUCAAUGCAGGUUCUACAGCAAGUGGAUAACAAGUUUAUUGCCUGUUUAAUGAGCACCAAGACUGAAGAGAAUGGUGAGGCAGGUGGAAACCUGCUAGUCUUAGUGGAUCAGCAUGCCGCCCAUGAGCGUGUCCGUUUAGAGCAGCUGAUUGUUGAUUCCUAUGAGAAGCAACAGCCACAAGGCUCUGGUCGGAAGAAAUUACUGUCUUCCAUUGUAAGCCCUCCACUAGAGAUAACAGUGACAGAAGAACAAAGCAGACUCUUACGGUGCUACCACAAAAAUCUGGAAGAUCUGGGCCUUGAAAUUAUAUUUCCAGACAACAGUGAUUCUCUGGUCCUUGUAGGAAAAGUACCACUCUGUUUUGUACAAAGAGAAGCCAGUGAACUUCGAAGAGGAAGAUCUCCUGUGACCAAGAGUAUUGUGGAGGAAUUUAUUCGAGAACAAGUGGAGCUACUCCAGACCACAGGAGGCAUCCAAGGGACUUUGCCACUGACUGUCCAGAAGGUGUUGGCAUCCCAAGCUUGCCACGGGGCCAUCAAGUUUAAUGAUGGCCUGAGCCCGGAGGAGAGCUAUCGCCUUAUUGAAGCCCUGUCGUGGUGCCAGCUGCCAUUCCAGUGUGCUCACGGGAGACCUUCUAUGCUGCCGCUGGCUGACAUAGACCACUUGGAGCAGGAAAAGCAGAUUAAACCCAAUCUUGCUAAACUUCGCAAAAUGGCCCAGGCCUGGCAUCUCUUUGGAAAAGCGGAAAGAUGUGAAACAGGGCAAAGCCAGAGGGCAUCCAUGCCUCCUUGUGAGCCACCGUGAGAACAGAAUUAUUGAUCUGUAAGGAGCCAAAGGGAUGCUAACUGCCUCUGAGCAGAUAGCAUGGGCUGCAGGUACCAGCAGAGUCUGAGGCCACCAGUGUCUCCAAGCAACGUGAUCAAUCAGUCUUGAGCAGAUGAUCCCUCCAAGCUAAAGACAGUUCAUUCAUCUGCAGCUGUGGACUCAGGAGGUUGCCCUAUGAUAUCUCCUUUUUUUAACUUAUUUAGAGAUAAAAUUUAAUGACUAAUUGA